GCCAGUGCUUGAAGCUCAUUGGUCCUUGGAGGAUGGCGCGGGAAAACUAGCGCGAGAGUGACCGUUCCUCUCACCACUUUGUCUCUCCUUUCCUUCGCCUCCUCUCCGCUGAGUCUGACUCCGCUCGAGGCUGUGGUAACCACGGGGUGGCGGCAUGAACUCGAGCCCUCCUCACUCACUCUCUACUGCUCCUUCUCUCUUAUCCAUGGAACCCAGUGAAACACCUGCUGCCAACCACUCCCCCACUGACUCUGGCUCAGGAAUUGAGACCAGAGUCACCCAGGGCACAGAGCUUAUCCCCAGAAGAUCUGUCAGUCGUUUUCCAACUUGUGCCCGGUGCCGCAAUCAUGGCAUCACAGCCCAUCUCAAGGGCCAUAAGCGCCUCUGCCUCUUUCAGGCUUGCGAGUGUCACAAAUGUGUCCUCAUCCUGGAACGCCGGCGAGUCAUGGCUGCUCAGGUGGCUUUGCGCAGGCAGCAGGAGGCCCAGCUAAAGAGGCAGCUAGCUCAGGGACUCGUGAGGAGAGGGGCAACCCCUCUCAAAGUGCCUAUCCAUAUUAAGAAAGAACCUACUCAAUCAGGGGUGCCCUCUGGAAAGGAGAAUAUAGCACCUUUGCCUCAGAAUCUCCAUGGGGCAAUCCCACUGGCACUGACACCUCCUAGGAAGGAGAACUCCUGUGGGCCUCUGCUGCUCAGUCAUCCCCCAGACAUCUUGCCUUUGCCUUGGACUCCAAUGCCUCCCAGCCCUUGGGGCCAUGGACACUGGCUGCCUCCAGGCCUCUCCAUGCCACCUCCAGUGGUGUGUCACUUGCUGUGCCAAGAACCUGCUGUCCCUCUGCAUCCCUUCGCUGGCUUUGACCCUGGUACCUCCUUCCGGCUGCCCGCUCAUGGGUCCCUCCAAGCCUUCCCAGGAUCUCGCUCAGUACUGACAGCUCCUCCUUCUGGAGAGCCUCAAGGGCCCCCUACCCUGCCACACACAUGCUCAACUGUGAUACUCCAGUCUUGUGGUGCCCCGGACUCUCUUCUGCUACAGCCACAGGCCCCUGGAGCCUCUCGUCUGGCCUGGACAUCUCCCCCCUCAGAGUGGCAGCUGCAGCAGGAGGCAGCUGAGGCUCUUGUAGGUCUGAAAGACUCAUCCCAGGCUCCCCGACUGACCCCAUCUGUAUCCCCUAACCCCACCUGGAUCUCCCUACUCCACCCCUGUGGCCCACCAGACACUAGCCACCUGCUCAAGUCUGGAGAGGGAAUGAAGAAGUAACCAGGGUCUGGCCUGGGAGGAGGUAACUGCCUUCCAGGAGCUUCCGUUCUAGCUGGGGAACCAAGGUGCCUUCACAAGUAUCAGUGGCAAGACCUGAGGAACUCUGAAGAGUGAGAAACACUCAGGAGGACAGAGAAGAAGGCUGAGAGUCCUCCUGUCCAAUGGUGGAUUGGCCUAGAGGAACUUCUGAAAUAGGGAGGGAUGAGGCUAGAGAGGCUUCUGACUAUGGAGAUCUGUCAUGCUGGGCUUAGGAGUUUAGACCACCAACUGUGCACAAAAGGGAACUGUUUCUGAAAUAGACAAGGAUAUAUUCAGAGACCCUGAACUUUAGAAAGUCAAGUAUGUUGGGUUUGAUGAAAGGGCAGGAGAAAGGAAGACUGGAAAUGAGAAAAUCAGUAAGGAGGGGGGUCUGCAAUAAGCCAGGUGAACAAGCAUGAGGCCUGGAUCAGAUGGGGUAAACAGGGAGUUUCUAGGAGGGAAAAUGGAUGUGACCUGGUCCU